AUAUUUUAUGAUGGAAUUCACGACGUUAAUAGUACCUUUAACUAGAAACACAUGUCGAACUUGCCUCCUGGAAUUUAAUUUCAGUGAUCCUGCAAUGUAUAUGAGCAUACAAGAUUUAAUUGAACAUGAGGACAAUAAAAUAAAGCUCAUUGAUAUACUUGUCUUUCUCAACUGUUUGGAGAACAAUGAUGAAGAAAAUUGGCCUCAACAUAUUUGUACCACCUGUGUUUCAACUGCUCUGUUGGCUUACACGUUUAAAUUGAACUGCUUAAAAGCAAAUGAAACCCUUACCCAGUUUUUUACAAUUUCAAAUACAAGCAACAACUUUCAGAGAUCAGAUGUUGACACCAUUGACAUCAAUGUUGUUUAUCAAGAUCAUGAGUAUGAUGUACCACUUUUCAGCAACAAUUCAGUAUUAGACUUUGAACCUCAAAUUCAAAAUAAGGAGCUGGUUCCUUUACCACCUGUGACAGAUAUCACACUCACCCAGCAAGUACCUAGGAAAGUGGGUGAAAAGGCCUACACAUGUAGUUUAUGUUCCAAAUCGUUUACUAGAAUAUAUAACUUGAGAUACCAUAUGAGUAAGCAUGGUGAUUUCAAAAGAUACUUAUGUGCAAAGUGUGGUAAAGACUUUAACACUUCCAAUGGCUUGCGACAGCAUUUAAAAACCCACUCUGAUGUUCCACAGUUUAAAUGUGGUUUUUGUAAUAAAAUUUAUAAGUCACGACAAUCAUUAAGAGAACAUUUCCGAAUUGCACACUCUAGUCAUGGAAGAUCAUUCAGUUGUGUGACAUGUGACAAAAAAUUCACAACAAAGUCUACCCUGGCUAUGCACAUUAAGACACAUAGUGGUAUUAAGGAUUAUGCUUGUUCUGUAUGUCCCAAAAGGUUUACUAGACCAUCUUAUUUAAAAGCGCACUGUCUCACUCACACGGGUCAGGAGAAACCGAGACCUUUUAAAUGUAAGCAUAGAGACUGUGACCGUGCAUUUUCUACUAAAUAUUCCUUAUUAGUUCACAUAGCUCACUCACACUCUACUGAAAGGCCUUAUAAAUGUGAUGCAUGUCCCAAAGGCUUUGCAACAUCAUUUGGUUUAAAAGUGCAUAAGGAGUCACAUGAAAGUCAACCAAUUUUCUGUUCUAUUUGUGAUAAAAAAUUAGCAAGUAAGAGAGUGCUACAAAAGCAUAUGAAAAUUCAUGAACGAGUAGACAAUCUUCUGAAUACAGAUUAUCUUUAGAGGAGAUCAAAAGUUGAAACAUUAACAGUACAUAAUUAGAUGUUUGUAAGAUUGGCUUGAUUUUUCAAAAUGUAAGUUACUGCUCAACCUACAUUUGGUUUAUAAUGAUUUAUCAUUUACUUUAUUAGUAUGUAAAUUUAAAAGCUUGAGUUUGUAAUGUUAUUGGUUAUGAAUAGAGUGUAAUUUUAAAUAACUUGCUUAGUUUUUUAAGUGUGUUUCACUUUAUAUUUGAACAAUGAAUCACUGUUGGAUAAAAGUGUGUUCU